GUAUGUCUAGAAAACAUUCUCCGCGGAUUUGUUCGUCCCUGUGUUCUUGAUCUCAAGAUGGGAAAAAAUCUAUUUGAUCAUCUUGCCGAUGAGACAAAGAUUGAUAAGAUGAAACUAAAUGCAAAAGAUACCACAAUUGAGUCCAUGGCCAUGAGAAUUUCAGGCAUGAAGGUGUAUGAUACUACUCAAUGUGUCUAUCGUACAUACAAAAAAGACUUUGGCAGAUCCUUUACUAAGGAGGAUAUUAUCAAUGGGUUCCUAGCCUUCUUCUUUCCUUCAUCUACCUAUGGAUCAAUGGGCAAGCAAGAGACAAUAGACGACAAAGAAGGAAAUCCUACCCAACGCCUACCAGCAAAAAAAAUUCGCUGGAUUAUCGAGAGUUUUCGGGAUGAUCUUGUGGAUAUGAGAGAGUGGAUUGCCAAAACACCGUCUUUGGAACUAAUUGGAUCUUCUCUCUUAUUUGUUUAUGAAGGUGACAGAGAAACGGUUGAUGCUGUCUGGAAAAGAAUGUUAGAGGAUGAUGAGCCAGCUGAGGAAAAUGAGCCCAUCUUGUGCGAUGUUCGGCUAAUUGAUUUUGCUCAUUCACGAUGGGACUCUCAGCAGACAAAACAAGAUCCAGGGCUUUUAGAAGGUUUCGAUAAUGCGAUCCUUUUGCUCAAUCAGUGUAUGGAAGUGCAGAAGUCAGAGAAACUCUAA